GUAAACGAGGUGAACAGAUCCAGAAACACUUUUUUUUUUUCCCGUGAUUGUAUGAUCAAGCCCCUCCUCUUUGAUUUAAAUAUAAAAACCAAGCUGCACUCAGAGUCAGGCAUAAAGAGCCGAGGACACUUCAUACAGGAGACAGGAACUGGAAAAAUAAAAAGUGCCAAAAUGAGACAAACGAGUCAAAAAAUCCCCUUGAUUGUCGUGCUCAGCAUUUUCGUCGGCUCGACACGGGAACUGGAAAUUUUUAAGCCUUCCGGUACCAGGAAGCCAUGCGAAGACCUGUGUGGCAAGCAAGCAUACGAUUACACAACGAGUGGGAAACUGUGCACAGGGACAUGUGACAGGCAAGGGUCUGAUUACUUCUGGUGCUCCACUAAAGAUGGUUGGGAUUAUUGCUCAGUAACAGAGAACACGGAUUACAAAGGCCAUCCAUGUCGAGACGACCAUCCGUGUAAGAAGUACGGCAAGUCUUACACCUGGUGCUACAACAAGAAGGGCAGCUGGGGUUACUGUGGAUUAGUGCACAGUGUAGAAGAACCAAAAACACUAUUGCGUAUAAGUUCAAAACAUCGGAGCGAGUGCAGGGACGAAUGUUUGUACGAUGAGAAAGAGAAGUACUUUUGGUGUAACACAGAUAAAGGCUGGGACUACUGCUCUCCCCUACCUGAUACAACCUACAAGAACGAGCCGUGUCGGUCAGAUCACAGCUGUGGCACUCAUGGCUAUAAAUACAACUGGUGCUGGACAAAUUCAGAGUAUGACUACUGCGGGGUUAUCAGGCCAGGGGAAUGUAAAUACUCUUAUACUGGGAAUAAAGAAAAUCAGUCUAAUGUUGCAAUGUUAUCCUGCACGGCGUCAUACAGCGGAAGCAAUACAGAGACCAAGUUCGACACCGAGCCAGACCCUAUAGAAAUAGCAGAUGGCAGCCGUUGGGGAAGAGAGGUGACAAGCUUGAUUGCACGAUGGCAUAGUGGUUACCUGACUGAGGACCCCAGUUUCCCGGUCACUACAGAUAAUCUGCGCAUUAAUCUACUGGGCGUGGUAAGGAAGGAAAAUCUACAAUACUAUCAAGUAGAAAUCCAUACUAAGGCAGAGAAAUCUGGAAGGAACUCCAGACUGGCCCAGGUUCUGGUACCUGUAGGAAGUUCAGUCCCGAGCAGGUAUGUGCGUACAGCUUUGGCCGAGAGCUUCAGACGUCGGGCCAGGAUUACUUUGGAAGUGGCAGAUUACUUUGAAAGUGGAUCCGUUUGAAGUUAGAGCCAGACCCCAUAGAAAUGGAUGGAGCUCUAAAGCUAAUCAAUCCUGUUAGUGCUCCUUUUUGCUAAUUAUAAUAUAUGUAUUAUGAAAUUAAAAAAAGCAACAAAAUAUAUACCUGUGAUUCCACUAUUUUAAAAGAUGAUUACCUGAACAACAUUUUUGUUUAGACUUCAGAUUGACAUGUAUGUAUGUUAUAAACUUGUUCAUUAAGUUUUUUUUUAAAUAAAUAUUUCUAUAUAUUAAAUAUC